AUGAAGGUAAUCAUCUUACUGGCUUGUGUCGUGGUGGUGCUAGCAGAGCCACCUGUAAGGAACACUUACUACUUUGCUAAGCAAGAAGAAGCUCCUUACCCAGCUUCUGGAUGGAAGCCUGAAGGAGCAGCAUUUGAUCUUCCUCAGAAGCAGGUCCAGCCUGCUAAGCAAUACGGAGCACCAGCUGCUCCCCAGAAUCAGUAUGGAGCACCAGCUGCUCCCCAGGACCAAUAUGGAGCACCAGAAAGGCAAGUUAGUGGACGUCCACUUGGUGGAGCCUUAAAGAGUCCUAAUCCAGCUCCUCAACGCCAAUAUGGAGCACCAGAAAGACAAUCCAAAGGAACACCAGUCUUGCCAUUCAGUGGAGCCUUGAAAAAUCCAUCUACCCAACCUCAACGUCAAUAUGGUGCACCUCAAAACCAAUAUGGAGCACCAGCAGCACCUCAGAAUCAUUAUGGAACUCCAGCAGUUCCAGAAAAUCAAUACGGAACACCAACUCCAGCACCUCAAGACCAUUACGGAGCACCUGGACUGCCCCAAAACCAGUACGGAACACCACAAUACCCAUCGGAAUCAUCAACAGUCCCGGAUUACGACGAGACAACUUUCCCAACGACAGAAUCCCAGGCUGAGCCGGUUGAGUCAGUCAAUGAACUGGACGAUGUGGGAAACGUGGAUGAACAGAAGCAAGGCGAGUACUUCAUUGCUCUGCCCGAUGGAAGACUCCAACGGGUCCAGUAUGUCAGUCGUCAGGAUUUAGAAGCCAUGAAGUACUUUGCGAAGAUCCAGGCUGAGAAUGUCGAGCCGCUUCGUGGACCAAUUUAUGCCUACCAGCCACUCCAGAAGCUGCAAUUCGCACCCACUAAUUUGGAAGUUCAAGGAGUCGCUGCCAAGAUUCAAGUCCCGGUUGCUGCAAAGGUUACUCCUGCGGAGGAAGUUGCGGUGCCUGUUGCUAGCUUCAGCAGCUUUAAUUAUCCCGAGCAGAGAUUUUUGAUCAAUUUUUAG